CUUCCGCUAGGGCGGGACGACCGCUGUCCCGCGCAAAUUGAAAGGUUGGGCCCUGGGCGCUUGGCUACAGCCGCCUUUCUCUGCCCCGCAAUCGGCUCCUCAGACACUUUGGCUGUAGCCGGUGCGGGAUGUGGGGAGCGAGUUUCAGAACCACACUCGGCUGCCUUGGAGCGGACGACGAGAACCCCUUCGGGAAGUGAGCAGAGCGGGCCGCGCGGAGACGCAGGGCCAGAGGUCACGACUGUCGCGGAAUGGAUCGACCCUGCACCUCCCGGUGACACAGGGAUAAAGGAGUAGAGUUGCUAUUGUGUUCGUUCUCCGGUGCCGGAGGUGAUCCUGAGAUGAAAUGUGCCUCAUGUCCAGCAGCCCUUACUCUACUAAAGGAGCAGUAUUUAUCCGAAGCAGUUUACCCAGCUUAGAAGAAACUUACGUCACUUUCAUGAAAUGUAUUUUAUGUCAGUUUUGAAGAAUGAACAAAAACCCUUUUUAGGGUCAUAAUAUGAGAGGCAGGAAACUUUUUAUCAAAUCCUGCCUUGAAAACCAUCUGUAUUUGGACAACUUGAUAUAUGUAUAAUAGUAAUAAUAAAUCAAGAAUCCAACUCAUUCGAGAACUAGUGGGUCACUGUUAAGUGUCUUGAGAAUCUGUGGACUUGAUAAUUACAAACUGGAGGAAGACACCAAAGCUUGCAUAUAGCAGCAAUAAGUUUAACUUGACACUAUGGGGAUACAGGGACUGCUGCAAUUUAUCAAAGAAGCUUCUGAACCCAUCCAUGUGAGAAAGUAUAAAGGACAGGUGGUAGCUGUAGAUACAUAUUGUUGGCUUCACAAAGGAGCUAUUGCUUGUGCUGAAAAGCUAGCCAAAGGUGAACCUACUGAUAGGUAUGUAGGAUUCUGUAUGAAAUCUGUAAAUAUGCUGCUGUCUCAUGGAAUCAAGCCUAUUCUUGUGUUUGAUGGAUGUACUUUACCUUCUAAAAAGGAAGUGGAGAAAUCUAGAAGAGAAAGACGACAAACCAAUCUUCUUAAGGGAAAGCAGCUUCUUCGUGAGGGGAAAGUUUCAGAAGCCAGAGAAUGUUUCACUCGUGCUAUCAAUAUCACCCAUGCUAUGGCCCACAAAGUAAUCAAAGCUGCUCGGGCACAGGGAGUAGAUUGUCUCGUGGCUCCAUAUGAAGCAGAUGCACAGUUGGCCUAUCUUAAUAAAGCUGGUAUUGUCCAAGCUAUCAUUACAGAGGACUCAGAUCUCCUUGCUUUUGGCUGUAAAAAGGUGAUUUUGAAAAUGGACCAUUUUGGAAAUGGACUAGAAAUUGACCAAGCUCGACUGGGAAUGUGUAAACAGCUUGGAGAUGUAUUCACAGAAGAGAAAUUCCGCUAUAUGUGCAUUCUUUCAGGCUGUGACUAUCUCGCCUCACUGCGUGGAAUUGGAUUAGCAAAAGCCUGUAAAGUACUAAGACUAGCUAAUAAUCCAGAUAUUGUAAAGGUUAUCAAGAAAAUUGGACAUUACCUUAAGAUGAAUAUAACAGUACCAGAAGAUUACAUCAAAGGAUUUAUUCGGGCCAACAAUACCUUUCUCUAUCAACUAGUUUUUGAUCCUGUUAAAAGAAAACUCAUCCCUCUGAAUGCCUAUGAAGAUGACAUUGAUCCAGAAACACUAAGCUAUGCUGGGCAGUAUGUUGAUGAUUCUGUAGCUCUUCAAAUAGCACUUGGAAAUAAAGAUAUAAAUACAUUUGAACAGGUUGAUGACUAUAAUCCAGACUCUGCCAUGCCUACCCAGUCUAGAAGUCAUGGCUGGAAUGACAGAGUGGGUCAAAAGUCAUCGAAUGUUAAUAGCAUUUGGCAUAGGAAUUAUUGCCCUGGACUUCAGCUAGAUGUUUCAGAUGCUAAAAGACCAAAGGAAAAUCCAAGUACUGUGGGUCUUGAACGAGUGAUAACUACUAAGGGGUUAAAUCUUCCAAGGAAGUCAUCUGUUGUGAAAAGGCCACGAAAUGAAGAGCUGUCAGAAGAUGAUCUAUUGAAUCAGUAUUCACUUUCAUUUACCAAGAAGACCAAGAAAAAUAACUCUGAGAGUCAUAAAUUAUUGAAUUCUUCUGAAAUUUCUAUGCCUAACCUGGCAGAUGGAACUACUAGUAUAAAAACUGUAAGCACACCACCUAUAACAAGAAAUAAAUUUGCAACAUUUUUACAGAGAAAAAAUGAAGAAAGUGGGGCAGUGGUGGUUCCAGGAACCAGAAGCAGGUUUUUUUGCAGUUCUCUGGAGACUGUUGACUGUGUAUCAAAGCAAGCAAGCAAAUCCUUUUUAGAUGAAACUGCUCUCACAGUUAAAGAAACCAACGUAAAUGAAUCAGAUAGUCCAAAUGUCAAGAAGCUUUUGGACGGGAAUGUAACACAUAAUUCAAGUGAUCAAAUUCCAGUGGAUACAAAUGAAACAACACAUCAUUCAAGAGAUCAGAUUCCAGUGGAUACAAAUGAACACAAUUCAAAUGAUGAGAGUCUGCUUGAUAGGAAUGAAGCAGAGAAUUCAAGUGAUGAGAUUGUAGAUGAUGUAACUGGAACUAGUGAUGCAGAGUGUCAGUCUCUUAAGACCAGUAAAUUCACAAGGACCAUUUCACCACCCACUUUGGGGACACUAAGAAGUUGUUUUAGUUGGUCUGGAAAUCUUGGAGAAUUUUCCAGAUCUCCGAGCCCCUCUCCCAGGACAACACAGCAGCAGUUUCUUAGAAAGAGUGAUCCCCCCAUAUCUCUGCCUGAGAAUGAUAAGGUGUCUGCUGAGUCUCAGUUAAAAACAGAUGAGUCAAAUGAUGAGUUGCAACCUGUCCUUGAAGUAAGUUGGUCUUCACAGUCUCAGGAAAGUGGCAGAUCAUCACCACAAAAGUUGACUGCAUCAAAACUUUCUCGGCAUUUUAGUAAGGAUUCAGAUUCAGAGGUUUCUGGGCUGUAUAAAUCUAAUUCUGUGGACAGUCUUUCUGCAACUAAGAUCAAACCACUAGUACCUGCCAGAGUCAGUGGGCUGAGCAAGAAGUCAGCAAACAUCCAGAAGAGAAAUCGCCAUGAUGCUGAGAAUAAACCAGGGUUACAGAUAAAAAUCAAUGAGCUCUGGAAAAAUUUUGGAUUUAAAAAAAAUUCUGAAAAGCUUCCUUCUUGUAAGAAGUCAGACCCCCUGUCUCCAGUCAAAGAUAACAUCCAGCUAACUCCAGAAACCGAAGAGGAUAUAUAUAAUAAGUCUGAAUGUGCACAUGCUCAGAGAGCAAUAUUCCAAUAAUGUAGACUGCUGGAAGACAUCUGUUUGCGAGUAUCCCAACCGAUUUGAAGUCCAAUUGGGAUUGAAGCAAUUACAACCUGAAGGAUAGAAUUUGUUCUUAGAUUUAUUCUUUUUUUUUUUCCCCUAACAGAGUACAUUUUGUAUAUUAACUUUGUAAUUGUUUCUUCUGUUCAGUUUCUUAUAUUUUCAUAAGAAGCUGAUGGAGGAAUGAUUGUGUCUUUGACAUUUUUUAUAAAUUUUGUUUUAAUUGAAUAGUUCCACUGAAAUUUAUAAAAAUCUAUUAUAAUGAUUUCCGUAAUGUUGUCAAGUAGAAUGAUGACAAAUGAGAAAACACAAUUUGUAAUUAUUUCACCUAGACAAAAUUGCUAUAUUUCCCAAGCUUUUCAUUUUUUUUUAAAUUCUUUAUUGAGGAAUUAAUG